AUGCGAUGCGUUGCGGGUCGCCUGCCCGUUCACUUUUUGCUGGACAUCGACGGCACGUUGUUGCACCCCUUACGAGGAUCGUAUGGGAAUGGCGACGAAAGGGUCGAAGGGUGCAUCUACGCGUGUGCAAACGGCCAAGGCGGCAGUGCCGCAGGCUUCAGCGAGCCCGUGCUUUGUCCUUUGGCCUGCGAGCAGAAGCACAUUAAGCGCGUACUUCUGCGUCCGCACGUCAUCCCUUUCCUGCAGCACCUGCUACUCGAUCGCGCCCUCGACACAGCGAGAACGCAGGUGUGCGUUUCGUUGUACACGCGUCAGAGUGCGUCGUACUGCGAAGCCGUGCUGAACCAGGUGCUGCUCCCCGCGCUGCGGCGAAGUCGGUCUGACAGCCCAGUCGACGUCACGCCUGCGCUCUUCCACAGCCUCUUUCACGGUGAUCACGCUGUACAGUUUUCGGACUCGCCUUGUCCCUCCAGCCCCACUACAGACGCGUCGUCUCUUGUGUCAGAGCUGCAGGACUGGAACAAAACCGUGAGCGUCUCGCCGAGUCCGCUCACGACGGUGCUGAUCGACGACUCGAGUUACAACUUCCGCGCUGCAGAGCUCACCACCGGGCACGCCAUUCUCCUGCCGUCCUUCCGCGCGAGAGCCGACGAUGACGUAGACGUGGAUGCGUGUUUUCUCACCGCCCAUCGUUGCCCAGAGGAAGCUGCCUUGUACGACGCGAUACGCGGUGAAACUAGUGGUACUGCUGCUGCUGCAGCUGCUGCCGUCGGCUGCGGUGAGGUCAGCGAGGCACUGCAGCUGCUCCCACUUUUAGAAGCGUUCGUGCAGGUUUGCCUCGAUCAGCGUGACGUCAUCGAGGAGCUUCAGCGGGCACUUCCGUUUCCAGGCGCCUAUGCAGCGGAGGUGCCCGCGUUGCGGCAGCCGGAGCUGCGGGCUCGAAUACGGGCGCACGCUGCCGCGCUUCACGCGCUGAACUUUUUUAGCGCCUCCUCGAGUUACCGCGAGAGGUGGAAUCGAUUUCACGCGGCGCGAGAGGACUCUCUGCUGCCGUACGUGUGA